GGCGAGCGCGAGUUGUGCACCCGGCGGAGCCCGGAGGAGCCCGGCGCACCUCGCGCUGCGGCCGCUCCUGCUGGAACCAGAGCCCGAGCCCGGGCCCGGGUGAGGGGCGGGGAGAGACACGGGCUGCGGCGCGGCAGGAGAGUGGGGGGUCGGGCGCCCCCCGCAGCUCAGGGAAGUUCUGGAAGUGAGGGGGAUGGGGAGGAACCCCGAAAUUCGGCCCUACGCCCUCUCGGCCUUUCUCUCGCGCCCCCUCCGCAGAUGAGGCCGGAGCGCGGGCCUGGGUUUGGGGCUUCACCCCGACCCCACCUCUGGCCUGGCCCGCGCCUCUUCAGCCCCAGGGGCCGGGCCUGCCCUCCGCCCCCACAAACUGGUUUCGCUGCUUUGCUGGGCUGUGUUGGAACUAGUCCCUUUGACUCCCCGUUUCUAUUUUAUUUUCUUCUGGGGCUUUAUUUUGUGGGGAGGGGACGGAGGGAGGGGGCUUUCUUCCUCUACCCCGCGCCCGCGCGCGCCAGGUUUCCUGCCCCAAAGCGGGCUUGGGUGCCCCCUCUGGCAGGAAGUGGGGCCGGGUGCACCCGCGUGGCGGUGCAUGCGGUCGGGGUGCGCUGCUUUCCCGCGCCUGCAGGAGCGGCCUGCGCCCCUCCCCCCCGCGCGCCCUGGCCCCGGGUCCCGCCGGCCGGCCUGCAACGGCCGGGCGCAGACACUUGCAGAGUCACCCUCGGGCCAGGUCUGGAGCCUGAUGCCUCGGGGGCUUAGCCCUAGCUGCUGGGCGGCAUCCCAGCCAUCACUCUUCCACCUGCUCCUUAGAGAAGGGAAGAUGAGCGAGUCGAGCUCGAAGUCCAGCCAGCCCUUGGCCUCCAAGCAGGAAAAGGACGGCACUGAGAAGCGGGGCCGGGGCAGGCCGCGCAAGCAGCCUCCGGUGAGUCCCGGGACAGCACUGGUAGGGAGUCAGAAGGAGCCCAGCGAAGUGCCAACACCUAAGAGACCUCGGGGCCGACCAAAGGGAAGCAAAAACAAGGGUGCUGCCAAGACCCGGAAAACCACCACAACUCCAGGAAGGAAACCAAGGGGCAGACCCAAAAAACUGGAGAAGGAGGAAGAGGAGGGCAUCUCGCAGGAGUCCUCGGAGGAGGAGCAGUGACCCGUGCGUGCCGCCUGCUCCUCACUGGAGGAGCAGCUUCCUUCUGGGACUGGACAGCUUUGCUCCGCUCCCACCGCCCCCACCCCUUCCCCAGGCCCACCAUCACCACCGCCUCUGGCCGCCACCCCCAUCUUCCACCUGUGCCCUCACCACCACACUACACAGCACACCAGCCGCUGCAGGGCUCCCAUGGGCUGAGUGGGGAGCAGUUUUCCCCUGGCCUCAGUUCCCAGCUCCCCCCGCCCACCCACGCACACACACACGCCCUCCUGGACAAGGCUAACAUCCCACUUAGCCGCACCCUGCACCUGCUGCGUCCCCACUCCCUUGGUGGUGGGGACAUUGCUCUCUGGGCUUUUGGUUUGGGGGUGCCCUCUCUGCUCCUUCAUUGUUCCCUCUGGCUUCCCAUAGUGGGGCCUGGGAGGGUUCCCCUGGCCUUAAAAGGGGCCCAAGCCCCAUCUCAUCCUGGCACGCCCUACUCCUCUGCCCCGGCAGCAGCAGGUGUGGCCAAUGGAGGGGGGUGCUGGCCCCCAGGAUUCCCCCAGCCAAACUGUCUUUGUCACCACGUGGGACUCACUUUUCAUCCUUCUCCACCUUCCCUAGUCCCUGCACUAGGCUGGACAGCCCCCUUCGGCUACAGGAAGGCAGGAGGGGUGAGUCCCCUACUCCCUCUUCACUGUGGCCACAGCCCCCUUGCCCUACGCCUGGGAUCUGAGUACAUAUUGUGAUGGAGAUGCAGUCACUUAUUGUCCAGGUGAGGCCCAAGAGCCCUGUGGCCACCACCUGAGGUGGGCUGGGGCUGCUCCCCUAACCCCACUUUGCUUCCGCCACUCAGCCAUUUCCUCCUCCUGAGAUGGGGCACCAAUAACAAGGAGCUCACCCUGCCCGCUCCCAACCCCCCUCCUGCUCCUCCCUGCCCCCCAAGGUUCUGGUUCCAUUUUUCCUCUGUUCACAAACUACCUCUGGACAGUUGUGUUGUUUUUUGUUCAAUGUUCCAUUCUUCGACAUCCGUCAUUGCUGCUGCUACCAGCGCCAAAUGUUCAUCCUCAUUGCCUCCUGUUCUGCCCACGAUCCCCUCCCCCAAGAUACUCUGUGGGGAAGAGGGGCUGGGGCAUGGCAGGCUGGGUGACCGACUACCCCAGUCCCAGGGAAGGUGGGGCCCUGCCCCUAGGAUGCUGCAGCAGAGUGAGCAAGGGGGCCCGAAUCGACCAUAAAGGGUGUAGGGGCCACCUCCUCCCCCUGUUCUGUUGGGGAGAGGUAGCCAUGAUUUGUCCCAGCCUGGGGCUCCCUCUCUGGUUUCCUAUUUGCAGUUACUUGAAUAAAAAAAAUAUCCUUUUCUGGA